AGCAAUGGGAGGUGGGCAGAGAGAGGUAUAUAUUCAGGAUCUCACCAUUCACCUCACACGGGCUUCCAGGCUCCCUGCCCACCUCUGCUUCCUCCAGGAACACAGGAGUUCCAGAUCACACCGUGGCCGCCAUGAAUUCACUCAGUGAAGCAAACACCCACUUUGCAGUUGAUCUGUUCCAACAGCUCAGAAAAUCAAACAAGGACAACAUCUUCUACUCCCCUCUCAGCAUCUCUUCAGCGUUAGCCUUGACCUACUCAGGGGCCCAAGGGAACACUGCACUCCAAAUUGGCAAGGUAGGUGUCAGCUCCCUUUACAUUGACCGGGUUAGACUGAAUUCUCUGUUGGCCUGUGUUGAAAAGUCGAGAAACGUGCAUCACCAGUUUCAAAAGCUUCUGACUGAAUUAAAGAAACCCACUAAUGACUAUGAGCUGAACAUCGCCAACAGGCUCUAUGGAGAAAAGAAGUUUCAGUUUCGUCAGGAAUACAUGGAUAAUGUUAAGAAAUUCUACCUAGCCAGUGUGGAAUCUGCUGAUUUUAUAAAGGCUCCAGAAGAAAGUCUCAAGAAGAUUAAUUCCUGGGUGGAAAGCCAAACGAAUGGAAAAAUCAAGGAUCUGUUUCCCCCUGGCUCGCUUAGCUCCGCCAUUCUGGUUCUGGUGAACGCGGUCUAUUUCAAAGGGCAUUGGCAGUGGAAAUUUGACGAAAAAAAUACUGUGGAGGAAAAAUUUUGGCUGAACAAGGAUACCAGCAAAUCUGUGCAGAUGAUGAAACAAACUAGUUCCUUUAAAUUCACUGAACUGGAGGACGUGCAAGCCAAGAUCCUGGAAAUACCGUACACAGGCAAAGAUCUAAGCAUGGUGUUGCUGCUGCCAAAUGAAGUAGAUGGUCUAAAGAAGCUUGAAGAUAAACUCACUGCUGAGAAACUAAUAGAGUGGACUACCUCACCGAAUAUGAGAGAGACACUCGUGGCUUUAUAUUUACCUCGGUUCAAAGUGGAAGAGAGCUAUGACCUCAAGGACACAAUGAAGUCCAUGGGGAUGCUGGAUGCCUUCAGUCCACAGGAUGCCGACUUCUCGGGCAUGACUGGGAGCCGGGGUCUCGUGGUGUCUAAAAUCCUACACAAGUCCUUUGUGGAGGUGACUGAGGAGGGCACAGAGGCUGCAGCUGCUACUGGCAUAAGCUUAGAAUUGUCGUCACCACGAAUUUACAGUUUCCAUUGUGAUCAUCCUUUCCUGUUCUUCAUCAAGCAUAAUAAGACCAACAGCAUCCUCUUCUUGGGCAGAGUCUCUUCCCCUUAGAAGAAAGUAGCCUGCUAAUAACUUAGAGGGAAGUUUACGGUUGUUCCAGUAUGUUAAUCGCUGGAGAUAACAGGUUCUCUUUAGCUCUUUUUCCUUUCCAAUCUCAUAGUCAUUACUAAGAAUGUAACGGCUGAAAUAGCAUGU